GUAAAAUUUCGACCGAUGACGGGUUACAACAAAUUUGAAGUCAAAGAUCUGACCCCUGCGGAGAUAAAGUCAGCUGGACUGCUUGACAAAAAGACCGCUGCUGAAUCGGGUCAGAACGUGACAGUUGGGAUCGCAAAGCCGGGGGUUGCCUAUGUCCCUCCUCAUCUUCGAAAAAGUAAGGCAAUGCUCAUUGCUGUCCUAAUACACAAGUUCAAUCUUUAG